UGGAGCUGCAGAAAGCUGUGAGGAUCAUCUUAGUGCUGUCGAGCGCUUUAUCUUCCACCGCCGCCGUCUCAAGACCACAGAGGUCUGACUUCACUCAACGGGCGUACUGUUCAGCGCCUGGGCAAAUCUUCUGCAGCGCAGACUGCUCACAGGUGAUGGUGUGUCUUGGCAACCAAGAAAUCGGAUACAACAAUGCAACGAUAAUGCAGUGUGACGUGGCGAACGGUAUGUUAUGCAGCGCAGACCAAGCAACGUGCCUACCGGCGAGUGAGUCAACAUGUUGCGUAUGUCAGGAGCCAACCUUCACAUGUCACUCCGUCGCACCUUUCCCUGACCCGUACGACUGCCAGAAAUAUCAUCUCUGUACUGCGAUCGGACAGCAGCCUACAACUGGAUCGUGCCGUCGUACUGAUGCAGCCUACAACCCUCUCACGGCAGAUUGCACACUAACAACUUCUGACCGCGUCUGCACGGAAGGACCAAUCAAGCCUUGCACUGCGUCCCUCGAGAUAGGCGUCGUUCCGGAGAACCCGGCAAUCUACUACAUCUGCAAGCCGAGCGCAUUCGGCUUCAUCCCAGAGAUGUACAAGUGUCCUGAUGGCUAUAUCUUUGACGUGAAUUUUGCUGCUUGCGUUAAAUCCAGUACAUCGUCCGGCGGACAUUUUCAACAGCAUCCUACUCGUCAGGCAACAAGUGUUCCGUGGAGCCGCAAGUUUUCGCCGGCCUUGGCGACAGUCUGAACUAGACCGGUGGACGAGUGGGUGCGCUUCGACUGUCUUACUGCAGGCCCGUUCAGCACAAAGACCGUAAGCUCAUCUCUACCAUAAAGCGUUCCUCGGCCAACGUUUAUCAGCAGUACUAUUGUAACAUUUGGUACUAAUAAAGGACUUGUUGAUACUACGAAACUGUA